CCUCACUUUCAUCAUUGACCUUCGUUGCGUGCCUCGAGACCUUCUUCACCCCUCUCUCACCUCCAUCCAUGCGCCAUCCUAUCUAACUAUCUCACACUCACUAAAAUGUCUCGCGACAAAUACGCGAAACAGAGCCUGGGCUCCGUCCACGCGCGUAUCAAACAGUCGCGCGUGCUGAUGGUGGGCGCCGGCGGCAUCGGCUGCGAAUUGCUCAAGAAUCUCGUCCUCACGGGUUUUGGAGAGAUACAUGUGGUGGAUCUGGAUACCAUUGAUCUGAGCAAUUUGAAUCGGCAGUUUCUGUUCCGGAAUGAACAUAUCAAGAAGUCGAAGGCUUUGGUUGCGAAGGAGUCUGCGCAGAGAUUCAAUCCGAACGUGAAGGUCGAGGCGUACCACGAUAACAUCAAGGAUCCCAGGUUCAACGCCGCGUGGUUCAAGAGCUUCGAUAUCGUCUUCAAUGCGCUGGAUAACCUUGAGGCUAGGCGCCACGUAAACAAGAUGUGUAUUGCGGCGGAUGUACCUCUGAUUGAGAGCGGCACGACGGGGUUCAAUGGACAGGUGCAGGUCAUUCGGAAGGGCAUAACUCCCUGCUAUGACUGCGAACCCAAGAAUCCGCCGAAAAGCUUCCCCGUCUGCACAAUCCGAAGUACACCAAGCCAGCCCAUCCAUUGCAUUGUAUGGGCGAGAAGCUACCUUUUCACGGAGAUAUUCGGGACGAGCGAGGAUGAUGCGCCGGAGAUGGACCAGAGUGAAAGUCCCGAGAACGCGGCUGAGAUAGAGAAGUUGCGACAGGAAGCCAAGGCCCUCCAACGAAUACGAGAAUCUAUGGGUUCGGCCGAGUUCCCACGAUUGGUCUUCAACAAAGUAUUCAAGGAGGAUAUCGAGCGCCUGAGGAGCAUGGAAGAUAUGUGGAAAACCAGGAGAGCUCCUGUGCCACUGGACUUCGACGAGCUCUCAGAGGCGGCCUUGGGGGUUGGCGAUACAAUCGUGCAUAAAGAUCAAGUGGUCUGGACUUUGGCGGAGAAUUUUGCCGUCUUCCUGCACAGCUUGAAGAGGCUCAGCGAUCGGUUGGAGGAGAUCAGGGCCAACAGUCACGCGGAGAUGGGGAACGCGCCGCCCAUCUUGACAUUCGAUAAGGACGAUGUGGAUACUCUCGAUUUUGUUGCGGCGAGCGCAAAUCUUCGAUCACAUAUUUUCGGCAUUGAAUCCAGGUCAAAGUUCGAUAUCAAACAAAUGGCGGGCAACAUCAUCCCCGCGAUUGCGACGACCAACGCCAUGACCGCCAGCCUGUGUGUCCUUGAGGCGUCCAAAGUUCUACGCGACGAUAUUUCCAACACCAAAUCUAUCUUCCUUACACAGCUAGCGGAUCGGGUCAUUAGUAGUGGACCUCAUGGACUGCCGAAUCCUAAUUGUCCAGUUUGCAGCGCUGCACAGACGACCCUAGUGGUGGAUCCCUCGCGUGCCACUCUGAAUGACCUGGUAGAAGGUUUACUCCGUGUGGAAUUGGGUUACGGCGAGGAAUUCAGUAUCCAGAGCGAAGCCGGCAUUCUUUAUGAUCCGGAAGAGGACCAAAACCUUCCCAAGACGUUUGGCGAGCUCGGGCUGAAGGAAGAUACCUUCAUUACGGUAAUCGACGAAGCCGACGACAACACAAAGGUCAACCUUGUCCUUUCCAUCUCGGAGAAGCCUCUCGACAAGGACGCGAAACCGAUCCAGUUGCCAGAGAAACCCAAGAUCGGUACGAAGGCUAAAGAAGCGCCUCAGAUUGAGAGGGACGGCGAACCUCCGGUGACUAAUGGUCACGGUCACGGAAAGAAGCGUGGCGCUGCGGAAGCUGAUCUCUUGGACGCGGAGGUGGCGAAGAAGAGGGGGAAGGUCGCUGCUGCGCCCGACGACGAUAUUGUCAUCUUGGACGACGCCGAGGAGGGCGCAAUUGUGCUCGACUAGGUUUUAUUCUUUCUGAAACCGAAACCGCUUCCUAAGCUCAGCGGCGCUUUUGGCUCCAUUGGUUGGCGUUGCACCUUGGCGGCUUGUAUUAUUCAAACGAUUUUUCUUUCUUUCGAGCCUGAACGCAUAGUUUUGGCGCGAGGCGUUUGGUAGGGGUUGGCUUUGGUUUAUGGGAUAUACCUGGGUGAUUCCAUCUCCUUGUCAUAAAGGAGAUGGGAAAUUCUUAGGUCGCACUGAGGCCACCGUCGAGAUUGACGACGCAGUUCAUCGCAUACUGGUUCCGGAUGAGGAAAAGCGCUGCAUCAGCAACUUCUUCUGGUUUGCCGAACCUUCCGGCGGGGAUUUCGCUCAGGAGGUUGGGAGCGUGCUUCAGGUCUGUGUGUAUUAGUAGUUGAAAGGCCGCUAUUUCAGAAAUGAAGGCUCGCAGAGGAAU